UGGCAACACUUUCUGAUUCUCUGGCUUCUGCACAAUUUCCCAAGCCGGUUGUGGAGGUCAGCAAAGAUGCUCCAAAGGUCGGCCAUAUAUGGUUGCAGGCUGUAAGAGACAUUGGAGCUGGAAGAGGUUGAUACUUUUACAGCUCCUCAUGGUGAGAUUUGAUAAAGAAAGCCAAGCCAAGCCAAGCUGCAAGAAAGAAAGAAAGCGUGGAAGGAAAGCCCACUCAAAAUGGAAUAACGAAAGAACGCAACAAAAGGAGACGGCGUUCUGUCAGGUAAUGCCCCCCUCCCUGUAAAUGGCAUCAGUACAUUGGUCGGUUCUGAGCAAGGGACAGACAACCUCUCUCUGCCCUCCUUCCCGCCUGCGCCUGUCAUAUUAUUAUUAUACGAUAAAUAUAUUACUUAUACCAUAGCCACAAGCUCUGCUCUCUACCAUUUCUUGUUUCCAUGGAGGAGGAAUCCCCAAGUACCAGCCGACCCAAGGAGGAUUCUGAAACCCCAGGAGCAGUAAUGCCGAGCCGGCUCCAAUUUGAAUCCUCAGAUCCUCAUCCUGAGUUCGUGGAGCUCGAUCCCACUGGCAGAUAUGGCAGAUGUCUCAUGGUUCUUAAGUUUCGCUCAUACUCCUUUUGCAGUUACAAGGCGUUUGAUGAGUAUCAAGGAAUAGAAGUGGCGUGGAAUCAGGUAAAGCUGCUGGACUCUGUGCAGAGCCCAGGGGAAUUAGAGCGGCUCUACUGUGAAAUCCACCUGCUCAAGACACUGAAACAUGAAAACAUCAUGAAGUUCUACUGUUCUUGGGUAGAUGUCCCCAGCAGGAACAUUAAUUUCGUCACCGAGAUGUUCACCUCCGGCACUCUUAGACAGUAUAGGCUAAAACACAGGAAGGUGAAUAUUAGAGCUGUGAAGCAUUGGUGUAGGCAAAUUUUGAAAGGGCUUCUUUAUCUCCACAGCCAUGACCCUCCAAUUAUCCACAGAGAUCUCAAAUGUGAUAACAUAUUCAUUAAUGGCAAUCAAGGAGAGGUUAAGAUUGGUGAUCUUGGCCUAGCUGCAAUCCUCAGGAAAUCAUAUGCGGCACCUUGUGUUGGAACUCCGGAGUUCAUGGCUCCAGAGGUUUAUGAAGAGGAAUACAAUGAACUAGUGGACAUAUAUUCAUUUGGGAUGUGUGUGUUGGAGAUGGUUACAUUUGAGUAUCCAUACAGUGAAUGCACCCACGCUGCUCAGAUUUACAAGAGAGUUGCGGCGGGUAAAAAGCCAGAUGCUUUAUACAAACUGGAAGAUUUAGAGCUGAGACAGUUUGUUGAGAAAUGUCUGGCCACUGUUUCCAGUAGACUCUCUGCUAGAGAGCUUUUGAUGGACCCUUUCCUCCAGAUUGAUGAUUACGGGAGCUUCAAUGGUGGAAGCCCUUUGGUUGGACGGCCUUUAUCAUUUGAUCAUACUGGCCAUUACCUUGGUUAUGAUCUUGAGUACCCUCCUCCUGUUGAUUGCGACAGUGAAAUUGAUCUGUAUGUUUGUGAAGAGGACAAGCAUUUCACAGAUGUUGAGAUUGCAAUUCAUGGUAGGAAUGGAGAUGAUGAUGGCAUCUUUUUGAGGCUCAGAGUUUCAGACGUAGAAGGCCGCAUUAGGAACAUCUAUUUCCCGUUCGAUGUUGAGAAUGACACUGCCAUGAGUGUCGUUAGUGAAAUGGUUUCCGAGCUUGCCAUUUCUGAUAAAGAUGCAAUCAAGAUAGCUGACAUGAUUGAUGAUGAGAUUGCCUCCUUGGUCCCACAAUGGAAGAAGGAUUCGGUGAUAGAUAUGGCAACUGCUGUAGAUGGUUGUUCAAACGAUAAAGAGCAGGUGGAUCGUUUGUCAACCGAUGGUUUAGAUGCCAAGAAUGUGGCUCCUUAUCAUCGCAGGGGUGCAUCGACCAACGGUCAGUUCGAGGAGGUGACAUAUCAAGUAGAAGGAUCAGAGACAGAUGGACAACAAAAGGCAACAAGUCAUGGAGAUGAUGAAGAAGAAGCACUUUGCAAUGCAAGAAACUCUGUCUCUUCCACCAACCCUUCGAUGUCGAAUGCAUACUGGGAGGACUACGAAAACGAGAUCAAGCAAGAGCUGAGGUGGCUUAAGGCGAAGUUCGAGAUGCAGUUGAGGGAAGUUAGAGACAAGCAGCUAGGACUCCAUCCUGGAACCCCUCUACAGUCUAGUACCUCGGAAGGCAAUGAAGAUGGUGGAGGAGUUGUUUCUUCUUCUCUGAUUUUACCUAGGCUGACAAGAGAAAACGGGAAUCAGUCCAUUCCAAUCCAUAAGGAGAAUGGAGGAGUUCCAUCAGCGAAUUUUCGAGCAGGUAGAAGCCGGAGGGAGCUGUGUAGGUCUGGUAGCUUCAAGAGAUUGGAGAGGACGAGUACAACUCUAUACAGAGCAAAAUUGCUCCCAAAAUCCCUUCAUAGAGCAGCUUCCCUUCCGGUAGAUGCUGUAGAAGUUUAACACUUACAUACCCUUUUUUGCUGUAAAUUGUGAGUCUGUAUGAUGAAGCGGGAAAGGAUGUUUAACGCACAAACAAAGUGAGCUUACCAAUGUACAUUUUUUUGCCACACCAAUCACACAUCAGAAAGAAUUAAACUCCAGGUUUUAGUUCAUCUGUUGCUCCUACUACCCUGCUUGAGUGAUGACUGAAUAUUUAGGG